UGACAUAAUGACAUUGACAGCCAGUGUGAGGCGCGCAGCGUCGCGGCGUGGUCGUCAUGUCGGCACAGUCAGAGAGCGGCGGCGGCGGCGGCGGCGGGGACGCGGAGCCCGUGGUGGUGCGGCCCGCCACGCGGCAGGACAUGCCGCGCGUGCUCGACAUGAUACAGGAGCUGGCGGAGUUCGAGGGCGAGCCGCGCGGGCCGCAGCUGUCCGUCGCCGAUCUGAUCGAGGAUGGAUUUGAAGCCAACCCGCCGUGGUUCUUCGGACUGAUAGCGGAGUGCGGCGGCGAGGUGGUGGGCCACGCUCUGUGCAACCGCGCCUACUCCUCGUGGACGCGGCGCGCGUUCUACGUGGAGGACCUGUACGUGCUGCCGGGCGCGCGCCGCCGCGGCGUCGGCAUCUGUCUGCUGCGCGAGCUGUGCCGGAUGGCGGUGCAGGAGGGCGUGCACCGCGUGGACUGGCACGUGCUGCAGAGUAACUCGCAGGCGCUCGCCUUCUACUCGCGGCUGGGGGCGCGUGACCUGCGCGUCACCGAGGGCCGCGCCGCCUUGCGCUUGGACCGUCCUCAAAUCGAGAGUCUGGCGCAGGAACAGCGCUGACCGACUAACGAUGUAUAAAAUAAGGUAUUAGCCAUGUAAGCACAUAAACAUGUAUCGCUGUCAUAAGUGCCUUGUGGGUGAAGUGUAACAAUAAAGUCAACAGUAAGUGUACCUAUAUUUAGGACGUUUCAUCUUAACAUGUAUUGUGUGUAUACCAAUUAAUGUACCUAUUUGUGUAAAGUAAUAAAAUAAACUAUUUAUUCCA